CCCACUCUCUCUUUUGCAGAUAAGAUUAGGUCUUCAAGUAUUGUUGUUUCUUCUCUCCCCUUUUCAUCAGUUGUCAUCAUGUCUCUCACACCAGCUCAAGCUAGUUCUGCUACUCUAUCUCCCUCUCUCAUGGUUGUUGCUCUGGCCCUAGCCAGAAAUGUUGUUGUUGCCAUUCCCUCUGCUCCAGCAGAGUUUGUGGGUGCUGUGAUCUUGCAGAGUGCUUGGGACUGCCCAGCACUCUCCCCACAAGAUUAACAAUAGUGGUUCCAGACUACCUUCAUUCAAUUACUGCCAGCUGCUACUUUUGCUAGUGCAUUACAGAUCAAUCCAGUAGUCCUUUCAGGCCUCUUCUCUCACACAGGGGCACAAGCUUUGUCUGCCUGCAAAAGAGCAUGAUGUCACAAAUCUAUUCAAAGACCUGUGCUUAUUGCUGGUUUGAAUAAUUCAAAUCAGUUGUCUGUUCACACCCAGCUUCACAAGAGUAUUCUUAUGACUAGAGCUGGGGUUCAGCUGUCACUAGAACAGAAGUGCUCCACCUGCAAGAGAGCUCAGCAGGGCUAUAGCAAUAUAGUCUUUGCAAAGUAUAUCUCUGCAGGCUUGGGUCAAAAAUAUAACAACUGUCUAUAUUAUAAGCAUCUUGCUUACUCUUUCCAGCAGUGAGAUUAUAAAUAAUUGUUACAGAUCUUUACAGAAGAAGCUGA